AUUACUCAUAAUGUCAUGAUCUCAAUCGAAAAGGAGUGGACAUUUCUUACACUGAAUAUGUAUUGGACUCCUUUCUUCUCAUUUACCAUGAAAAAUGAGGUAGAGUGGGCUGUUUGUGCUUGUGAGGAUGGCUUGCUUUCAGAGAGCUUCACCAGCUUUGAAGGAGAUCCUCCUUAAGCUCUACAGUUCGGAAAAUCCGACAGAAAUUGAGCAUCACUUGCAUGAAUUUGGUUCUGUUCAGUACCAUAUCCAGUCUUUCAUAUCGGAUUCACUGCACGUUUACUUGUCGAUUGCUACUCCAUUGUUGUCACAAGGGGUUCUUUUAUCUGAUGGGCUCUCGCCAUAUACUCUCGAGAUGGUAAAACAAAUUUGCUCUCAUGCUGUUGAGAUCAUUGAACCUGCAAAAGAAGGAUACAAACUUACUCUAAGAAUCGACUUUGCAAAAAUUAUGCAUGAGGAAGAGCCAGAAAAGAUAAUUACAGACAUUGCUGCUGUUCAUGCAGUGAUCCUAAGUUCUCAGCUAAAAGAAAUGUUGCUAAACGUUAAUUCUCCUGCUCUAUUUCAAGGAACCUCCAGACCCAUCAAACUUGUAUAUCAUCCGAGGGAACCAUUCUUUGUUAUCAAGCAGCCCCAAAAGAUCCUCAUAGUCUUCCCAAUUCGUUUCAAGGAAAAUACAGAUGUGAUCAUUGCGACCGCGUUCUUUCGGGAACUUAUGGAUGUGGGAAGCUCUGAAAAAUGGUCAAAAACACCUCCUUGUUGUUGGUCACCCAUACCCCCUCCAGAACUAAGAGGCGAACCUUUAGAAGAACUGAGCACGAAUGGAGGAUUCGUCACGUUCGAUAUUUCUGUGCACCACGUUGAAGGUAACAGGCUUGAGAAGACUGUGUGGAGUUUGCUGAACUUUAAUGCAUAUGUUAAGUACCAUGUAAAGACAACCAGAGGCUUUAUCCAGAGAAGGAUGAGGAAGCGGUUAGAAGGGCUUGUUGAGAUCUUACAUCAGAAAACCUCAGAUGAUGGCCUACUCAACAAGGGUCAAGGCAUUAAGUAUAUGAAGAAAUUGGCAGCUAGAACUAAACGCAUCAAACAGAAAUGUCAUAGUCUGAGCAGGAAGAUCAAGAGAAUCCGGUUUCGAAUUAAAAUUCCUGGAUUUGCACGGUUUCGUCGAAGAUGGCUAAAGUUCCCAACGUUUCCUUCUUCAAUCCGAUACACCAGAUUAAAAUGAAGCGAUCAAAUUUAGGCUAUCACAACGGUUAAGUCUCUAUGAUAUCAACACAAUAACUUCGGAAAUAAGGAACGCUGUUGGUAGAUACAGUGAAUAUACUUGCAGGGAGGCUUAGAGCUUAGUUUCACAUGUUGCCAUUGUCAUUUCUCAUAGAGAACUUGUAUUUGGGGACCAAUAUGAAACAAGGACUAAAACUAUAUCCAAGUAUCGGAGUGGGUAGAUCUUUACAUU